UAAAAAGUAAACCCUUCCUAGCUAGCUUCUUCGUCAUUCAGUCUAAUCUCACUCGAUCUUACUCUCUCACAUGCUCAUGAAUCCCACCGGAACCAUCGUCUUCUCCACCGUGGGUAGGCCCCACUACGGCUUCGAUCUCUUCUCUGUUGAGCUCGACCCCACCGCCACUCUCGGCUCUGACCACCGUCUCACUGAUGGCAUCUCCAUCAACUUCAACGCCCAGUUCCUCGACGACGAUGAAACCCUCGUCUUCGUCUCCGAGCGUACCGGGUCUUCCCGUAUCUACCUAACCCGACCUGGACUCCCCAGCCCCAAACCGCUUCCUUCUAUCCCCGCCAGCCUCUUCCACGACCGCCCCGUUGUCAAGAACAACCGGCUCUACUUCAUCUCAGCCCACGAACAACCCGACCUUGCUUUCAAGAGCUGGUCCGCUCUCUACUCCACCCGGGUCGACGAUUUGGAUCUUACCCGGCUCACCCCGUACGGUGCCGUUGAUUACAGUCCCGCUAUUUCUCAGUCCGGGAAUUUCAUAGCCGUCGCGUCGUACGGGUCUCGUCCUUGGGACGGUGAGUUCCACGAGCUCCACACUGAUAUUGUUGUGUUUCAAGAAUCCGACCCGAAUAACCGGGUCACUGUGUGCGAACGAGGUGGUUGGCCCACCUGGUCAGGUGAUUCGGUAAUCUACUUUCACCGCCAAGCCGAAGACGGUUGGUGGAGCAUUUUCCGGGUUGAUUUCCCGGAAAAUCUCGAGCUUCUUUACGGUCUUCCAAACAGUGCCAUUCGGGUCACUCCGCCCGGGCUCCAUUGCUUCACUCCUGCAGCCAUGCACGACGGUAAACGAAUCGCCAUCGCCACUCGGCGGCGCGAAAAGAAUUUCCGGCACAUCGAGAUCUUCGACACCGAGUCGAAGACGUUCCACCCGGUGACCGAGUCGGUGAACCCGAAUUUCCACCACUACAACCCGUUUGUCUCUCCGGGUUCCCGGUUCCUCGGGUUCCAUCGGUUCCGGGGCGAGUCGAUCCAAGGCGAGUCGACGAUUCAGCAUCUUGACCCAGUAAUGUCUCCAGUUGAACAACUCCGAAUCCUUAGAGUAAAUGGUUUUUUUCCUUCAUUUUCUCCCAACGGUGAGUUUAUUGCGUUCAAUCACGACUUCGAAGGCAACUCCGGUCUGAAGGUCGUGAAAUCGGACGGUUCUAAGCGGUGGACUCUACUGAAGGGCCGUCCAACGUUUUACAACUCGUGGAGUGCCACAGAGAAACACGUUCUGUACACCUCGGUGGGCCCGAUAUUUGAGUCAGUGAGUGCCACGGUCCAGAUCGCGAGGAUCAAGUUCGACCCGGCAGAACUGGACGGUGAUCGCGAGGAGAUCCAGUGCGACGUGAAGAUUUUGACGAGAGAGGAGACGGGGAAUAACGCCUUCCCCUCCUGCUCGCCAGACGGCAAGUCCGUCGUGUUCCGGUCUGGAAGGUCUGGGCACAAGAAUUUGUACAUAGUGGACGCCGUUAACGGCGAGUUCAAUGGCGGUAUACGGCGGUUAACGGAGGGCCCGUGGAUCGAUACCAUGCCCAGCUGGUCACCUAACGGAGAUCUCAUUGCAUACUCAUCCACUAGGCACAAUCCGGAUAAAGUUGAGGCGUUCAGCAUUUACGUAAUCAAACCUGACGGCUCUGAUCUGCGGAGGAUCCACGUGGCGGGAUCGGAGGGUUCGGGUGAUGUGGAUAGGGAGAGGAUUAACCACGUGUGCUUUAGCGCGGACGGGGAGUGGCUGUUGUUCACGGGUAACUUGGGCGGUGUGACGGCUGAGCCGGUGUCGUGGCCCAAUCAGUUUCAGCCAUAUGGGGAUUUGUACGUGGUGAGGUUGGACGGGAGUGGGCUGAAGAGACUGACAUGGAAUGGGUUCGAGAAUGGCACGCCAGCGUGGCACUCGGGGGAUGAGCUGGACAUGGGGCGCUUGUGCUUGGGAAGUGAGGUUGGAGAUAAGCUGAGAGGGCGGUUUGAUGAACCGUUGUGGAUCUCUAGUGAAGGAGUUGAGUCUUAAUUGUGCGAUGCGUGUGCAAUCAAUCUACUUUCCCUUUCCUUAUAUUUGUGAAUGAAUAAGAUCUAUUCCGAGUAGGAAUAAAUCGUUAUGAAA